AUUUUAUUAGUUAUUUAAGUUUAGCUGACACUGCUAAUUCAUUACAGGUUUAUGAACAGAUAUACCGGCUCAUUGCAUUUGCUGUCAAUCAUUGACUCAAGUAUAAAAGCUUAAUGUGUUUGCCUGUACACGCUUCAUGCAGUGUAGUACCUUUCCAUUGAGUGCUCAUCGUGACAGUAUUGCUCACCAAACUGGCAGUUCAGCAGGUAACGCUUGUGGGAUGUUAAGACUAGGCAACAGUCCUUAUAGUGCUUGUUGUGUGUUCAGGAGGGAGACUUUAAACCGAUCCAGUGAAGUGUGAGGAGUGGCCACUCAGACGAUCAUAUAAACUAAUUCAUCACUGUGGUGUGACAACUCAGAGAGCAGAACAGGGUGAAUGUGAGAGGAGAUGCUAGAGGUCUGAGUUUUAUCUUUCCAAAGAGCGGAACUGUGAAAAAACGUCUCUUAUAGCUUCAAUUACUCUUGGAGUGGACAUUCAUAUUUACCAGAUUAUUUACAUGCAAGUUUGAUCAUUGAAUUAUCUCAGGAAGACAUUUUUUUCCACAUCAGUAAAUUGUAAGAUAUUGUUGUUUAAACAGAAAAUGACCACCAAUCCGUGUCUGGACUCAGGUCCUUGUCUCAUCCAUGAAGUUGACGAGAGGAAAAUUCCUCUACCCAGCCGAUCAGAUGUUAAGCCUCAGUAUGUUCAUCACCUGGCCCCAAAACCCCCAUCUGAGAUCAGCUAUUCCAUUCCCAAACACAAAGGUGUAAAACAGAGGUGUCUUAAGUUCACUGUGGUUGCUGUGAUCUGCCUGCUGCUCCUUCUGCUGCUGGCUGGAAUCCUCCUCGCUUAUUACUACUCCUCGUCCUGUGUGCACGGGAUGCAGUGUGGUAACGGGAGCUGUGUGUGGGAGUCCCAGUGGUGUGAUGGAGUGACAGACUGUCCUGCAGGCCAGGAUGAAGCAAACUGCGUGAGGCUGCAUGGCUCCAGUUUCCUGCUCCAGAUCUACUCGACUCAGAGCAAAAACUGGAGGACUGUUUGUUCUCACGGUUGGACCGACCAGCAGGGGAGAGCCAGCUGCCAGCAUGUUGGAUACAGCAGGGGCACAUAUUUUAAAUCAGGCCAACAGAAGACUGAUUCUGGUGAUGGAUUCUUAAUUGUGAAGUUUGACGUCAACCCUGAGGCAUCCAUACUGCAACAGCUUGUGCUCAGCAGUACCUGUCCCAACAACAAUGCUGUGACAUUGCAUUGUACUGAUUGUGGGUUUGGAAUGAACUCCAGCAGGGCGUCUGGUGGCCAGCUGGCCUCUCCAGGGGCCUGGCCAUGGCAGGUCAGCCUGCAGCUUUCAGGCUCCCACCGAUGUGGAGGAGCCAUCAUCUCCCCCUACUGGAUACUCACAGCAGCAAACUGUGUUGCCAUGGCCUCCAGCCCUGGAGACUGGGCAGUGUAUGCUGGGAUAGUGGAUCCAUUAGGCACUCUGUUCAACCCUGCUUACUCUGUGAGCCACAGUAUAGCCCAUGAAGGCUUCAACAGUGUCACUUGCAGGAAUGACAUCGCUCUGAUGAGGCUCUCUAAACCUCUAGACAUCACAGUCUCCAGUAAUAUCGGACCUGUGUGCCUCCCAAAUGUUGGUGUAAGCAUUGCUGAUCCUCAGAAGGGCUGGAUAACACGAUAUGGUUGCACAGUAAACGGAGACUCUGGCUUUCCACACCUGAUGGAGGCUCAGGUUUCUCUUAUAGAUACUGCAGACUGCAACAGCUCCAUCGCUUACAAUAGCAGGAUAUCACAGGACAUGUUAUGUGCCAGAGAGACGGAGGCAGUAGCCGACUACAUGUGCCAUACUGACAGCGGCGGCCCUCUGAUGUCCUUGAAGGAUGGAGUAUGGUGGCUCAUAGGGGACAGUAUUUGGGGGGAACACUGCACUGAGCAGAAUAAACCAGGUGUUUAUGGCAACGUCACCUAUUUUCUGGAUUGGAUCUACCAUCAGAUGAGGGUAAAAAAUAAAGGAAGAUUAGAGUUGUAAAUGCAGUUAAACAAAAAUCUGAUUCCAAAUAAUAUGGAAAAAUGUCCAUGUACAGAUCAUUUAAAGCGUUUGAUUUAAUCUGCUUGGAGGACCAGAUGCAAUAAGAAGGUUUAUCUGUCUGGUGCUCCAAGUAAUACUGAUUGACUCAUGCUGGAUGUACAGUUUGAGUUUUUAUAGUGUAGUGUGUGGAUAAUCUUAAUUAUGGCUGUGAAAAAAACAAAACACAAUUAUCACAUGAAACAAAACUAAUUGUUCAUUUAUUUUUGUUUACAGAAGCAUCAAGAUGACUGAUGAUAGGACCAACGAUUUACCAUGUGAGAUGUUAGUGUGUACAAAAGUGUGCAGAUACAUUUUUAUUUCAAUGCCUCAACAAUAUCUUUAUCAGUUACAUAACUUAUUUCCUACAUGAUAUUACUGUUCUGUGUCUUCAUGAUUUGAAUCACUGUUGGAGCACUUUGGUUUUGGUGUGAAAUAUAUAAAGUCUUUAUUUUAGUCUGUAAAUAUUAUUGAAAUGUUUUAUUUAAUUAAUAGUGAUAUUUAAAGCCAGUAAAUGAAGAUGCCAUGUGUCGACACAAGAUGUCACUCACAAACCACAUCAAGCUUGUUCCCACUGACUCCCAAAGAAUGCUUUUGUUCCUGAUUAACCUUUCACAAAAUCUUUAUUAAUUUAAAUUGAUUUACAUCUUUGAUUUGGACACAAGUUCUUGCAUUUCCAGCAAGUAAGUACAAUUUUGGCACAGAAAAAAAAAAACACUUACAAGUGAACAUUCUAAGAUUCAAGUGUACCUUCGAUUUGACAACUUUAAAUUUUGUCAGACAGCGACACGUUUGUGCAGCUCGAGUCACUGAUUCUUUUUUAUGCUAACUGGUCGGUCAGUUUUUCUAGAACUGUAGUCCACGUGUUUCCAAUGUGUUAGCUUCAAAAGUCCUUUGGCUUCUAAUUUAGUGUUUGUAUAAAAUGUGCAGUAGAAAUAUGUACCCUUGAACAUAUAGUGUCUAAAAAGCAGAAAUUUGGAAUAAUACAAUCACAUUCAAAGAGAUUUAAAUAUAAACUUACGUAUACAGAAUUAGUAAAAUUACAUUAAUACAACAAAUUGCAUAACAAAUCGAGAAAUGUUGAUCUUUAGCUUUAUAUUACACUUGAAACAAAGUGCAAUUCAGCAGAGUAAGUCUCAAACUGCUGCUAUUGUUUUUCAGUUUGUAUUAGCAGUGAGCUGAGACUUAAAAGGCACCACAGGCACUGUAAACAUGUGUUUAACCUCUAGUAAUGGUCUUCCUAUUAACAGUGAUUGUUUCAGCAGCUUUUCCCGUUAACUUCAACAUACACAGGCAUUCGUUUCAACUUCAAAAUAUAA